CCCUCCUGCAAGAACCAGGCACCUCUCUUUCUCUGUCUCAGAAAAAUGGUUUUGUGGGAAGAAACCCUUGAAAGAUUGGUGGGUGUGGAGGUGUUGUUCACAGUGUUGGGCGUAGUAGUAGUAGGAGUUUUAGGAUACUUGUAUGGGCCUUACUGGGGUGUCAGACGGGUACCCGGCCCACCUUCCAUUCCCUUUGUAGGGCACCUCCCCUUGCUGGCUAGGUACGGCCCUGAUGUCUUCUCUGUCCUUGCAAAACAAUACGGCCCUAUUUUCAGGUUUCACAUGGGUAGACAGCCACUGAUAAUUGUAGCAGAUCCGGAGCUUUGUAGAGAGGUGGGGAUAAAGAAAUUCAAGGAUAUUCCAAACAGAAGUGUACCCUCACCCAUAUCCGCCUCCCCUCUUCAUCAAAAGGGUCUCUUCUUCUCCAGGGAUGCCAGAUGGUCAACCAUGCGGAACACAAUAUUAUCACUCUACCAGCCAUCACACCUUGCCAGACAAAUACCCACCAUGCAAUCUUUCAUUGAAUCUGCAACUCAAAAUCUUCACUCCUUUGAAGAAGAAGACGUCACUUUCUCCAACCUUUCCCUCAAACUGGCCACUGAUGUUAUUGGACAAGCAGCAUUUGGUGUCAACUUUGGCCUCUCUAAGCCGCUGUCUAUCAAUGAUUCAGUUCAGAUUGCUGUCAACGAGAAUGAUGAUAAGGAAGUCUCAGACUUCAUCAACAAGCACAUUUACUCCACAACACAGCUUAAAAUGGACUUAUCUGGCUCAUUUUCGAUCAUUCUGGGUCUACUUUUUCCCAUUCUCCAGGAACCUUUUAGGCAGAUCCUGAAGAGAAUACCUGGAACAAUGGACUGGAAAGUUGAGCAUACUAAUCUGGAACUGAGCGGCCGGCUUGAUGAGAUUGUAGUGAAAAGAAUGAAAGACAGGGAAAGGCCUUCAAAGGACUUCUUGUCACUCAUACUGAAUGCGAGGGAGUCGCAUACGGUAUCAAAGAAUGUCUUCACACAAGACUAUAUUAGUGCAGUUACUUAUGAGCACUUGCUUGCUGGAUCUGCCACCACAGCCUUCACAUUGUCUUCUGUUGUCUAUUUAGUUGCUGGACAUCCAGAAGUUGAGCAGAAGUUGCUUGCAGAGAUUGAUGGCUUUGGCCCACCUGAUCUCAUGCCAAGCGCUAAUGAUCUUCAAAACAAAUUCCCUUAUCUCGAACAAGUCAUUAAAGAAGCCAUGAGGUACUACACUGUUUCCCCAUUAGUUGCAAGAGAAACAUCAAAGGAAGUAGAGAUAGGAGGUUAUCUUCUUCCAAAGGGCACAUGGGUGUGGCUAGCACUUGGAGUACUAGCAAAAGAUCCAAAGAACUUCCCAGAGCCAGAAAAGUUCAGACCAGAGAGGUUUGACCCAAAUUGUGAAGAACAGAAAAGAAGGCAUCCCUACGCUUUCAUACCCUUUGGAAUUGGGCCCCGAUCAUGCAUUGGCCAGAAAUUUUCCCUACAGGAAAUAAAGCUCUCAUUGAUUCAUUUAUACAAGAAAUAUGUAUUUAGACAUUCGCCCACCAUGGACAAACCUUUGGAACUUGAGUAUGGCCUAGUUCUCAACUUCAAGCAUGGUGUCAAGCUUAGAGUCAUAAAACGAACAUCCAUUUUGUCAAACAUGGCUCACUAAACUCUUCACUCAUACAUGGUGAUGCACGCAAUAAGACACUUGAGGCUGUUUUGGUUUCAGGAAAUUGCAAUAAAUCAAUCAUCUUCAAGGUGUUCACCCUA